CAGAAAGGGGAGAUCACCACAGAGAGAGAGAGAGAGAGAGAAGAGAUGGUAACUAAGCUGCAAAGAAGAACAGCACCUCGCAGAAAGAUUCACCUUCUGCGAACUCUCACCAACUCCAAAUCUGUUAAAAGGAGUUCCGUCGUCUUAAAUGUUUUUCUCCACAUUUACAAACUCAAAGUCAAGUUGGAAGAAAUACAAAGAGAGCAUCAAAACCUUAUGGCUAUCAAAAACGAAUACUUAACUCUAUUGAAGCAUGUACAAAUCCCAAAGGAAGUGAAGGUGGAGAAGAUUGGAGAAGAGUUUGUAGUUAAAGUGACUUGCAACAAAGGAGGGGACAAGUUGGUGUCAAUACUAGAGGCUUUUGAUGAACUGGGUCUUAAUGUUCUUCAAGCAAGAGUUUCAUGCAACCAUUUCUUUUCAAUGGAAGCCAUUGCUGUAGCUCAAGACCAACAAACAACUGAUAUCAAAGAUAUAACUCAAGCUGUUCUUAAGGCCAUUGAAAAGCAUGGUGGGGGGGAGGAGACGCUUGUAACAUAGAAGUAUUCAUUAUUAAUUAAUGGAAGGUUUGCCCAU